UUUCCCUCAACGGUCGCCCCUUUGUCCCACUCUUCAUUUUUUUCUUCUCAAUUUCCAUCGUUUCUGUAACGAUUAACGAACAAAAUAAGCCAGAUAGAUCCAUUUUCUUUGACUCGUUCUUCUUCCAUAUCGAUUUGAUUUCUUAGUUUCCUUUUGAAAUGAAAAUUUUCAAUCCCUUACCAUCCAGAUCUAGUUCGUUGGCCUUCCUCUCCUUCGAUGUUCGAUCAUCGAAAGAGAUCAAAUGCUUGUUCCUCCAAAAAUAGUGAUGUUGGUUUGGGAGUUUUUAGUCGUUUAGGGUUCUGAUGGUGUCUUUGCUGUAGAGUUAUGCGACUUCUAGUCUCUGCCGAGCAAGGAAAUGGGCGACGAAGGCGAGAAGACGGCUGGAGAUGAGCCUUAUCCGCCUCGUCGCCGGCAUAAAAAACGUGGCUCACCUCCGGAUGUCUGAUAUUAGGGAAAGGUGGAAGAAAAGCCACCGAUGGCAAGGGAAACUAUUCACGCCUGCGGCGAGGGAUAACAGGGUCCGCGAGAUCUACAUAGUGUCACAGUUAUGGGUUGGAGAAUUCUACGAGCUGGAGAAUGCUUGGGCGAGAAGGGACUAUUGGAGUGAUCCUAGUAUUGAGAAAUAAGAAUGAUACUUAAGCUUCUUCAGUAUAUAGACAUAGAGCUACAAGUCCAGUGUUUGCAUGUAUAAUGUAUUUGCUCUACCAUUGACAUUUUAGUUGCAUGGUUAUUCUGAUUGAG